GUUUGAGCAUCAAAAUAACUCAACAUGUUGCGUGGAAUCUUCGUCCUGGCGCUGGUGUUCGCGGCUGGAGUGUCUUACUCCGAACAGGCGAAGCUAGGAAAGAAGGUCGAAGACGAGCCAGCUAACGAGGAGGCCGCUGUAGACACACCGCUGGUUCUUUUUGAGGAACCAGAGAGCGAGGACGGCGAAGCUUCCUCGUCCGCAAGGUCCAAGCGCUCUCUCCUCGGCUCCUAUUCCUCAGGCCACAGUCACCAUGAGUUGCAUUCGGGGAGUCCCAGCUUCACUUCUCCAAUCACUGUCUCCGGAGGCAACGGCGCUUCCUUCUCCAGCUUCCAGGGAUUCGGAUCCUCGGGUAACGGUCUGGGUUCAUCGCUGGCAGGAUCCAGUGGCGGCUUGUCAUCUGGGUUCCAAGACUUUGGAAGUUCCCUCGGCUCAGGAUUUGGUUCGUCCCAAGGAUUCGGUGGGUCUUCUGGGAGCUUUGGAAGUUCAGGAUUUGGAAGUUCAGGAUUUGGCAGUUCCGGCAGCUUUGGCGCCUCAGGAUUCGGCGGCUCGGUCCAACCAGGAAUCCUUGUGGGAGCAGGAAGACUAGUAGGCUUCAGUGGAGCAGGAAGUUCCUUUGGAUCCGGAGCAGUGGGCGUGGGUUCCUCAUUCGGUUCGGGAAGUUCUUUGGGCUCUGGCUCAGUAGGAUUCGGCUCUUCAUUCCAGAAUGGGAAUGGCGCAGGGUUCGGCUCUUCAUUCCAGAAUGGGAAUGGCGCAGGAUUCGGCUCUUCGUUCCAGAACGGGAAUGGCGCAGGAUUCGGCUCUUCAUUCCAGAAUGGGAAUGGCGCAGGAUUCGGUUCUUCGUUCCAAUCAGGAAAUGGCGCAGGUUUCGGAUCUUCACUCAUUUCCGGAAGCUCCGUGGGAUCUGGAGGCUUCUCAGGCUUUUCAGGAUCCGGACUGAGCUCUUCCAACGGAGGAGUCGGCGGCUCUUACCUUCCACCCCUCUAAGCUAACAUCAAGCAGCGAAAUAUUAACGGAUCGAUCAGACCAGCCCACGCAGGACGGCAACUCCACGUCCUUCACAAAAAAUAUCAUCCAUCUAAUGUAUAACUGACCCUCAGCACAUAAAAUUCUUUACAUCUCC